AUGAGCGUCCCAGACAUGCUUUUAGACCCGCAAUUGAAAUAUUGGGUACUUUUACCAAUCACCCUUGCAAUGGUUCUAGUUGGGCUCUUACGAUCAAAUAUUACAUACUUGUUACAACCGCAACCCAAGACGGAAGGAUUUCGAAAACUCAGGGAAUCACAAUUCCUAUACUUAGUUCGUGGGUUCAGGGCCAAUAAUCAUGUGCUUCACAAUGCUGAGUUUCAUCAGUUUCAAAGUUAUUUAAUUUCGGAGUUAUCGACAUCCAAUUUCCAUGCUGAUCCUAAUAAGAGCAACUCCAAGAAUGAGCAAGAGCAACUUAACCCAUUGGAUCCAUCAAAUAAUGAGGCUUUAAUGCAAAUGGCCAAGGGUAACCUUCUUAACUAUAUUCCACAAACACUAAUUAUGGGGUGGGUCAAUUACUUCUUUGCAGGAUUUGUCAUUAUGAAACUACCAUUUCCGUUGACUGAUGGGUUCAAGCAAAUGUUGCAGCAAGGUAUAAUGACACCCAAUUUGAAUGUCAGCUAUGUGCUGAGCAUUUCAUGGUAUUUUGUCAAUUUACUAGGUUUACGUCCCGUGUACGGGUUGAUAAUGGGUGGUAACGAGGCUGAUGAGUUGAUGAAACAACAGCAGCAACUGCAACAAAUGCAACUAGGCGGAGCAAUGGGUGGUAUUGGCGGACCUGGAGCGCCAAAAGUGGAGAAAGUCUUUGCUGCAGAGGUGGAGAAUCUACAGAUUUUGAACCACGAGUCGGUAUUUGAUGGAAUUUUCGAUAGAUUUAUAGAGAAACAUUCCGUAUAG